ACAGCGCGGUUGGUGGGCGCUUCACGACAGAUCAUGACAGACCGCUGAGCAAAGCUGGGAGAGCUGAUGCAAUCAGUGUUUCUGAUAAACUUCAACAGAUGGGCUGGAUACCUGAGCUUAUCCUAUGCAGCAAUGGAUGGUCAAACUGCCGAGCACUUGCAGAAGGCAAUUUGUGAAUAUUCAUCUGAUGAGAUACUAACCGUGAUGUGCAUGGGACAUAAUAAAGGAUGGGAAGAAGCAGCCUCUAUGUUUUCUGGAGAUUCAGUGUUGCUCCAGACAUGUAAUGCUGCAUUGCUAGAAGCUGCAGGGAAUUCCUGGGUUGAGGCUUUCUCACAAGCUGGACUCGGUGGAUGGACGCUUCAUGGCAUUGUAAAGCCAUAAUUACUGUAACUAAAUCUAGAUGCAGUUUUUGUAGCCAUUUCCAUUCUCAUCUUGCUGGGUAUAGCUACCGUUACAUGUUACCGGAGGUUGCUAGAUAGCGAGUCAAUGCAUUUCCUUCAACCAGAUAAGCCACAUCAAAAUAUGGGCACAAUAUGACCACGAAUUACUUAUCUGGGAACCAAGUCUAUGCUGCUGUUAGAUUUAUUAGAGAAAUACAUAGAAAUGGAAUUUCCAUUGCCCCAUGCAUGUAUUUGCUCGCUGUAACUGUGUUGCUCGUUUGCUGCUUAUCAAGUUAUUAAACUGCAGUAGCUAGCUAACCAGAGCAGGCCAGCAACUGGUCAAUACCAUAAAAUAAAGUCGUAAUGACUAUAAUUCCUAUUGCCAAACAUCACCCGGUAUGGAGCCAAGGAUUCUUGAGGGUGAGGCGACCCGGUCUCUAGGCAGCCGGCAGUAUAUUAAAGUGGUGAAUGUCAAAGGAAGCAAGCAAUUUGAUACCUUCCCAGCUUGUUCCACGAUUCCAGCCUGAAUAGGACAGCUCAAUAAUCAGGAACGCCCCGGCCUCCUACUGCCCACGAUGGGAUUAGGUAAGAGGUCCAGAUCAUAAUGUGGACAAGUCAAAGCAAGGAAGGAAUCAGAGAGGAAGGAAGGACGCAGCCUCUAGUCUCAACGUGCCGAACUAGUAGCUAGCCCCCAACGAACAACAAUGUUUUUGCAAGAGGCCAAUCAUCGCCCACAUGUUUACAUCAUCGCCUUGGCUGUCCGAAUUCUCUUUAAACAUUACCAAAAGGAAAGAGCUCUUCUACAUCGCGCCUGCUUUUUGUUCUCUUGUGCUUGCUGGGGGGAAUUGGUCGUGUUAGCGUGUUCUCAUGGCGUCCACGGCGUACACGCGGCCGUCCAAGCCGCCGGGCUUGGCCGGCGAGCGGAGGCCGGCGGCGCGGCUGUCGAGGGAGCUGGGCAGGAUCGAGCCCAAGAAGCUGGGGAUCGGGCUGGUCGCCGGCUGCUGCCUCGCUCUGCUCACCUACAUCUCCUUUGCCCGGCUCUUCGCCAUAUACUCGCCGGUCUUCGAGAGCACGUCGUUGGUGAUGAAGAACGCCCCACCUGCAUCUACGGCAGUCCCCAGUACGGAGUCCGGGACGGUCCAGCAGAAGAUCGAAUUGGAGGAUGAGAAAGAUGUCGUUGAAGAUCCGAAAGAGCCCAGCUUUCCAGAGGAGGAAAGAAAGGUCGAAGAAAAGGAGGAGGAGACCGCAGUAACGAAGCCAUCUGGUGGCGGCGAUGCAGCAGAGACCAAGAUCAUCUGCGACGAGAACGGCGUGGACGAGGGCUUCCCUUACGCGCGUCCAUCCGUGUGCGAGCUGACGGGUGACAUCCGGAUCAGCCCAAGGGAGAAGACCAUGUUCUUCGUAACCCCAUCCGCAGCCGGUGCCGCCGCCUUGGACGCCAACGGGGAGAAGAAGAUCCGGCCGUACGCCCGGAAGGACACCUUCCUGCUCCCGGGCGUCGUGGAAGUCACAAUCAAGUCCGUGCCGUCCGCAGAAGCCGCGCCGGCGUGCACCCGGCAGCACGACGUGCCGGCGGUGGUCUUCUCCGUGGCCGGGUACACGGACAACUUCUUCCACGACAACACGGACGUGAUGAUCCCGCUGUUCCUCACCACGGCGCACUUGAGGGGCGAGGUGCAGCUCCUCAUCACAAACUUCAAGCCAUGGUGGGUGAAGAAGUUCACGCCGCUCCUCAAGAAGCUGUCAAACUACGAGGUGAUCAACUUCGACAAGGACGAGGAGGUGCGCUGCUUCCGGCAAGGGAACCUGGGGCUGUACAGGGACCGGGACCUGAUCCUGUCCCCGCACCCGACGCGGAACCCGCGGAACUACACCAUGGUGGACUACAACCGGUUCCUCCGCGGCGCCUUCGGGCUGCCCCGGGACGCCCCCGCGGUACUAGGGGAGAAGACGAGCGCCAGGCCGAAAAUGCUGAUGAUCGAGAGGAAAGGCACAAGGAAGCUGCUGAACCUGGCGGCCGUGGUGGCAAUGUGCGAGGAGCUCGGGUUCGCGGUGACCGUGGCGGAAGCCGGUGCCGACGUAAGGGGCUUCGCGGAGACGGUGAACGCGGCCGACGUGCUCCUGGCGGUGCACGGCGCCGGGCUGACGAACCAGAUCUUCCUGCCGACGGGGGCCGUGAUGGUGCAGAUCGUGCCGUGGGGCAAGAUGGACUGGAUGGCGACCAACUUCUACGGGCAGCCGGCAAGGGACAUGCAGCUCCGGUACGUGGAGUACUACGUGUCGGAGGAGGAGACGACGCUCAAGGACAGGUUCCCCAGAGACCAUUACGUGUUCAAGGACCCCAUGGCCAUCCACGCGCAGGGAUGGCCGGCGCUCGCCGACAUCGUCAUGAAGCAGGACGUCAUGGUCAAUGUCACCAGGUUCAAGCCUUUCCUUCUCAGCGCGCUCGACAAGCUGCAGGAGUAGGGCGAGUCAGGACAAGUGUUCGUUUUUGUUGGUUGCUUAAUUUGUGCGUGCGUGCGUGGUCAGUUCGUUUGGGACAUACAUAGGUUUCGAUAGGGCGCCAGCGGAGUUUCAUUCUGAUUGUUACUUCAACCAAAGUUUUUUAUUUCUAUUCCGUCGUAUGCUAGUAGUACGUACUACGGAUUGGCAUGGAAGUUGAGGGAGCCAGGGAGGUAAACUAAAAGAAGAUGAUGUCUACAGAAUGAUACUACAGUUCCUAGAGA